AUGCUGAUACGCACAUUUGCCAAAAAUUUGCGACAACCACAAAAAACCAUUGUUGGAAGACUUGCUAAGUAUUUUCUCAUAAAAAGGAGUAGAGGAAUAGAGAUCGCUGCAGUUGAACAUUGUAACAUUAAACCUGAUUAUAAUGUCCUUGAAGUUGGUUUUGGCCCUGGCUUGGGCCUAGAAGCAGCCUAUCAGAAGAUCAAAGGUGGCAAAGGGAAAUUACUUGGCCUCGACUUAUCGCCUUAUAUGCUGGAAAUAGCAACUAAACGACUGAGUGAAGGCAUCAGCAAUAAACAAGUGGAACUGCAUCUUGGAAGUGUUAUGGAAAUGCCAUUUGAAACAAAUUCCUUUGAUCGGAUCUUUCACUGCAAUUGUUUUUAUUUUUGGCCUGAUUUUGACAAAUGUGUCCAAGAGCUGUAUCGUUGUUUAAAGCCAAACUCAUUAAUGAUAACGACAAUUAAUUAUGAAAAGAUAAAAUCUUCAAAAAAAAUUGGUAUACUGAGAUAUGGCAAUAUUGAUGUGGAACAUUAUGUGAAUGUUCUUAGCAGGAAUAAAUUCGAAAUUGUAAACAUGAAGACUCACAAGAAUGAAAGCAAAGAAUAUCAGGUUAUUUCAGCUUUCACAGGAUCAAAAGAACAAUAA